CCCUCCUUCGCCACAGUUUGCAUACGCACACUAUACUACCCAUCUCUGUUCUGCUCUGUUUUUCUUCUCAUCCGGCCCUUUCUAUUCUUUACUCUCUCCCCCGCUAGUUUCUUUCCCGUACUACAAUUCUUAAGCUACCGGUCUCCGAAAGCUACGUCCUCUGAGAUAUAUAAGGUUGGCGUUGUGAAGAUGACGAACCAGAAUCUGGUGGUUCCUGACGUAAAAUCACGUAUUAACACCUUUAUUGAGGUGGCCGUGUCCAUUUCCAACUCGCCCAUGCUGCCCAGCACGGGAGUACCAGAAUCGCUGGUCGUGUUUGGUGGGAUUGUCGGUAAGAAGAUAAUGAAGAGGCUUGACGAUGGAGGAGGCAAAGGUGGAGCCAGAGUUAAUGCCUGGAUUGAUUCGAUGAGAGCUUCCUCUCCCACACGAGUCAAAUCCACCCUUCCUACUUCUCAAAACCAACGCUUGAGUUCUUGGGCUCUUCAUCAUCCUUCGGCGAUCAGCAUGUUUGAUCAGAUAAUCAAUAAGUCAAAAGAUAAGCCGAUAGCAAUCUUCCUUGACUACGAUGGAACUCUCUCCCCAAUAGUUGCUGACCCAGAUAAAGCGUUCAUGACAAAGAAGAUGAGAGCAACAGUAAAGGAUAUAGCAAAACAAUUCCCCACAGCCAUCGUGAGUGGAAGGCGAAGAGACAAGGUUUACAAGUUUGUGAGAUUAGCAGAGCUGUACUACGCAGGCAGCCAUGGCAUGGACAUCAAAGGACCGACAAAAAGCCAGGGAUUUAAGAAGGGUAAUCAAGCAGCCCCCUUCCAACCUGCGAGCCAAUUCUUGCCCAUGAUCAAUGAGGUUUACAAGAUCUUGUUGGAGAAAACAAAAUCUGUGGAAGGGGUAAAGGUUGAGAAUAACAAGUUUUGCUUGUCCGUGCACUUCCGUUGCGUUGACGAAAAGAGCUGGGGUGCAUUGGCGGAGCAAGUUCGAGUGGUGCUGAAUCAGUACCCAAAACUUAGGCUGACAGAAGGGAGAAAAGUGCUUGAGAUCCGACCAAUCAUCAAAUGGGACAAGGGCAAAGCACUUGAAUUUUUGUUACAAUCGCUCGGAUUCACCAAUUCCGAGGAUGUCUUUCCCAUCUAUAUCGGCGAUGACCGAACUGACGAGGAUGCUUUUAAGGUGUUACGUAGUAGAGGCAGGGGCACGGGAAUUCUUGUGUCUGAAGUGCCGAAAGAAACAGAAGCUUCCUACACUUUACAAGACCCAUCAGAGGUUGAGCAAUUUUUGCGGCGUUUGGUGGACUGGAAAAGGCGGAGUGAUGAGAGGGGGAACGAGAGUUGAGUAGUAGAUAUUGUAGAUGAGUUGGUGGUAAGGAUUGAGUGGAGAGUUGAGAGCACCUCAAAAUCAAGUUUUGGUCAAAGAGGUGGAUUCCAUUGUAUCAUUUAGAAUGGAGUAUAGUGUUAUUCCCGCACGUUAAAUUUGAGGAUUUAAAAUUUAUUUUUGGUA